CAGUUGCAAAAUCACUAGUCAGGCUAGGUUUACUGUGCACACCAACUGGAGAAUAAGUUAGCAGUACUCUCUCUCUCUCUCUCUCUUCACGGGAGAGCAGUAUGACUCGCGUUCGUCCAACUUAGCAAACACAUGCUCUCGAUCGGCCUCCACUGCUUGUCCAGAUACCUACAAACAACGCCCUCCUUUCUCCCUCACUUGUCUCGCUCGCCCACGCUGCCUAGCUGCUGCCGCGCCACCGCUACGGGCUAGGAGAUAAUAAGCCAAGCUAAGCUAACCCUCUUCUUCGCCCACCACGACAAUGGAUUCCUCCACUGGGAUCCGCUUUGUCUUGCUCCUCGUCGUGUCCCUCGGCGGCAAUGGCAUGCGCGCUUGCCGCGCUCGGGAGGCGCCCUUGCCAUUGCCAUUGCCGUCGGCCGCUCCCGCUACUACUGCAGGAAGCAGCAGGAGGGCGCCGGAGCGGCACGGGCUGUCGCUGGACUUCUACGCCAAGACGUGCCCCGCGGUCGACCAGAUCGUCGCCAACGUCACCGCCGCGCGGUUCCGCGAUCACCCGGCCGCAGGCCCCGCCGUGCUCCGCCUCUUCCACCACGACUGCUUCGUGGAAGGGUGCGACGCGUCCAUACUGAUCGCGCCGACGGCGGCCAAGGCCGGCGACGCGGCGGCACGGGCGCCGAAGGUGGAGAGGGACAUGGAGGAGAACAAGAACCUGCCGCAGUACGGGUUCGACACGGUGGAGAUGGCCAAGGCCGCCGUGGAGAGCAAGUGCCCCGGCGUCGUCACCUGCGCCGACGUCCUCGCCCUCGCCGCACGAGACUUCGUGCAACUGGCAGGUGGGCCCUACUACGCGGUGAAGAAGGGUCGGAAAGACAGCAAGGUGUCCCUGGCGGGCAAGGUGCGCGGCAGCCUCCCACGCGCCAACUCGACCGUGGACGAUCUCCUCCGCGUGUUCGCCUCCAAGGGCCUGGGCCUGAACGACCUGGUGGCGCUCUCCGGCGCGCACACCAUCGGCUUCGCGCACUGCGCCCACUUCCUGGGCCGCCUCUACGACUUCCGCGGCACGCGGCAGCCGGACCCGCUCAUGGACGCCCGCCUCGUGAAGGCGCUGCGCAUGGCGUGCCCUUCCACCGGCGGCAGCGCCCGCGUCGUGGUGCCCUUCGACGUGAGCACCCCGUUCCAGUUCGACCACGCCUACUACGCUAACCUGCAGGCCAGGCUGGGCCUCCUGGGCUCCGACCAGGCGCUCUUCCUGGACCCGCGCACCAGGCCCAUCGUGCAGAGCCUCGGCGCCGACAGGGCCCGCUUCUUCCAGGCCUUUGUUGCCAGCAUGGACAGGAUGGGCUCCAUCCGCGUCAAGAAAGGCAGGAAGGGGGAGGUCAGGAGGAUCUGCAGCCAGCAUCUGUAGCCUAGCUAAUGGAGUGCCUAAUUAGAUGAUCUCUCGUUCGAUCCCUUCGCUUUCAUGGUCUACACGAGAAAAGAUAAGCUUACGGCACGGUUACACGCGGAUGGGGCUUGUUCAGAGUCCAGUAGAGCUAUCUUUUGUCGUGUAUGCCGGCCAUUGUAGAGAGUUUGUGCUAGCUAGUGCAGGAAAUGUACGUGUGCAGGUUUGUGUGUGCGUUAAUCUAACGUACGGGCGUGCCAGUUUGUAAACGCACGUCCCGUAUGUUGGUGUUCGUGGCUUCCUAUUUGUUUGGUUGGAUUGGAUUUGGAUUGCAGGAGCAGAUGUGAAAUGAUAUCUGAAGAUGUUUAUUUUUGCUUGAAA